GGAGGAUGUAUCAUCAUGGGCUGCAGCGGGAAAUGUAGUGCCAAUCUAAUCCAUGAGUGUUAAUUUGUACAAAUGCACGGCGGAGUUCAUCUCUGUGCUUCUGUUUACCUAAAUAAUGUAAAGUUAACAAUUUGUAUUCCUCCCACGAGAUAAGGCGCAACUUCUGCUGUCUCGGCAGUUCACCCCAAACAACUCAACUGAGCUGUCAUCACGUCGCUGCAAGAGCAUGGCACUGGCCUGGCUCCAGUCUAACCUGCCUUGUGCUAACCCGACCAGUAUCACCAGUAUAAACCAUCAGCACGCUUCCAGGAAAGCUUGCUGAGCAGGACUGUGCGGAAAGCCAUGCUGUCUGGGACUUGGCGGCGUUCUCUGGGGCACCAGCAGCCCGCUGCAGCGCCUGUGGUGUCCCCCAGGAGCAUGACAGUGUGUGGGGUCCCCAGUGGCACGGUGGUCCUAGAGGCCCAGUAUGACUACAACUACCGCGGCGCUGAUGGACGGCAGGUGUGCAUCAGGGAGGGCGAACGGUUCAUUCUUCUGAAAAAGACCAACACUGACUGGUGGCAGGUGCGGAGGAUUGGGGCGGCCAGUAAAACAAAACCACUGUAUGUUCCUGCCACGUAUGUGACAGAGGUGCCCAUUGCACCGAUGCCCUCGCCACAGCGUCUGGUUGUAUCUGACUCGCUGAACUCCAACCUCAGGAUACUGCCAAGGGUGUCACUCUCUCCUGGCCAAAAAGAGACAACCUAUAAUGAACAGCAUCAAGCGAACAAACCCAUGUUCCGCUCCAUGGAAAACCUCAACUCCAACAGUGCCUUCCGGGGGCUGGACAAGAACACCAGCACGAGUGGAGGCCACUUCCCCACGCUGCCCCUCUGGUCUGGUUUCACCUUUACCCCCAACUCUUCCACAUCCUCCUCAGGCCACCUCAUGGUCCCUGGGUCCCCCGCAGUUUCCAUGGCACCACCAAACCCCAGGGUGGUCCCCAUGAUCACUCGAAGCCGGAGCUCUAGCAACCUGCCUGAAAACCUGAUGGAGAACCUGUACGAUGAGGUGGGAGGUGUCUUCUGCAGUCGCGUCAACCACAGGAUGCCCAAGAAGUCUUGCAGCCAGUGGGACAUGGUGGGAGCCAAGAACAACAGUCUGCAGGUCCCAUCGGAGUCCUAUACCUCGCAGCUGUCCUGGCAGGACUCCCCUCUUUACACUGAAAAUCAGUCAGAGAAACGUCUGUCCCAAGCGGAGCCCCCUAGCCCAGCCCCAGGUCAGCAGCCCCUUCAGGUCAUAGAACUGUGGGAGCAGUACUCGGACCCGCCCACAGGGAGAAGCUACUACGUCAACAGCGCCACAAAGGAGAGGUCCUGGAAACCCCCCCGCCGGGCCCGUGGACGCACCGCCGACAAGGACUGUUCUGUACAACCUCAGACGUUACCCAGAGAAACCAGUCGUAUGUCCCUACCACUUCCUGGAGCUGGAACAAUGCACAAGCUGUCUCCUGAUUCCCUCUUCGGGACCCACCAGAGGAAUACUGACGGUAACUGGCAGAUGAAACAGAGCAUGCAGCGCGCCGUCUCCUCUGACACCCUGAGCACGAUGUCGUUCAGCAAUGCUGAUGCCCAGUGCCAUAACUCUGCCGCCCUGCAUGAUGUCAAGCAGCACCUCAGCCACUCCCAAUCUAUGAUCCUGCCUGAGAACGGCAAGCUUGUUCAUCCGUGCAGAGAUUUCUCCUGUAAUGUGGCCAACAUCGUCGUGGAGCCGCCGUCUCCUCAGAGCUCUCCAGACAGCGAUGGCUGCACGCCGGAGUUGGAGAAAGCCGGCCUUUUGAACAAGACAAAGAUCGCAGAAGGAGGCCGUAAACUAAGGAAGAAUUGGAGCCCCUCCUGGGUGGUGCUGGUCGGGAACAGUCUGGUUUUCUUCAAAGAUCCUAAAUCACAGACACCUUCCAGCUGGAAACCAGGAAACAGUCGCCCUGAGAGCAGUGUGGAUUUAAGAGGAGCAAAGCUGCACUGGGCCAACGACCUGUCAAGCAAGAAAAACGUCUUCAGGCUGAGGACAGUGACGGGCAACGAGUUCCUGCUACAGUCGGAGACAAACUCUCUGAUCAAAGAGUGGUACAUAACCAUCCAGAGCGUCAUCGACAGGCUGGACCGCGAAAACCCAUUGGACAACGUCCUUCUGUACUCUCUGAGGCGAGCGGGCAGCGUGGAGCUGCUGGAGCACAGCGCAGACGAGGAUGACAGGAGAACGGCGCGCUUCUUACAUCCUUCCAUCCUCUCCUCCAUCCUCUCCUCCAUCCAGCCCACUUAUAUUUUCACGCGGCCCCCGUGGCAAAUAAUCCCCCCGUCAGUCCUGUCUCACCUCCGCCGUCGCCCGGCCCUCCCACUUUUCAUCCUCACCACCAUCCCCUCUCAUCUGCUCUCCUGCCCGGCCGCAGCCCAACGCCCCACACUGACCUCCUCUUACUCCUUCUCCUCCUCCUCCUCCUCCUCCACCUCCUCCUCCAUCUUUCCUCCCUCUGCAGUCCCUCGCUCGACGUCCAACCUGGAGAACACGGAGAGGAAGAGAGUGAAGAGCCGGCUGAAGAAGCUGAUCCUAAAGAGACCUCCUCUGCAGGCGCUGCAGGAGAAAGGGCUCAUUAAAGAUCAGGUGUUCAGCUGUCGUCUGGAGAUGCUCUGUGAGAGAGAGAAGAACACCGUCCCUCGCUUCGUCAGACUUUGUACUGACGCUGUGGAGAAGAGAGGACUGGACACUGACGGCAUCUACAGAGUAUCAGGGAACCUGGCAGUGAUUCAGAAACUACGCUUCCUGGUGGACCACGAGCGAGCAGUGACUACAGACGGCCGUUACAUGUUCCCGGCGGAGUUUGUACAAGAAGAGAAGUUGAAUUUGGACCAGAGUGAUUGGGAGGACAUUCAUGUCAUCACAGGAGCUUUGAAACUUUUCUUUCGGGAGCUUCCCGAGCCCCUCGUGCCCUUCGGCUUCUUCACCGACAUCGUGGAGACAGUCAAGAUGUCGGACUACAUGGACAAAGUGGAUCGUUUGAAGUGUCUGGUGCUUAACAUGCCUCCUCCAAAUCAUGACACGCUGCAGUUCAUGUGUCGCCAUCUCAAACGAGUGUUGGAGUGUUCGGGCGCCAACCGAAUGACCACCCAGAACAUCGGCAUCGUGUUCGGGCCGACCCUGAUGCGUCCAGAGCGGGACAACGGCAACAUGGCGGUGAAUAUGGUUUACCAGAAUCAGGCGGUGGAGCUCAUCCUCAGCGAGUUUGACCACAUCUUUGGAACAAGAGGCCCCUCUUGAUCUUUACGGACAGAGGCGGGGAGAGGGAUUCAAAAGCUCCUCCAGAUCAGACGAAAGAACAAGAAGUGCAGCAUUUGUCCUCUUUGCCUGUUGACUCAUGUGGUGUAAAAUGGGUUUCACAUCAAAAACGUAAUUACGGGUUAAAAAGAACCAGGACAGAAAGCUGCUAAUCAUGACAUCUGGCCUUCAUAUAAAGCCAUGUUAAAACAAUAAUAGUAAAACAAACCAAUUUUAGCUGCAACGCUGCGACUGCAGAUGUGGAGAGCAGCCCCGGUGUUCUUUACUGCAGGAGCCGACACCUCUUUGUCACUUUUCCUUCAUGUUUCAGAACUCAUCGGGAAUUCUUUUUUUUAAAAAGCCAUAAAAAGUGAUACAUUUCCCGCGUCUUUAUCAAGGUUUGCGAGGAAGGAUGUGUCUUAACGUAGCGCUGAAAACAAAACUUAGUAAACCAUCUCACUGUGAAAACGCAUGCACCAGCACCUCUUGCAGCAGGGAUGGACCGAGCUCACCUGCAGUGGAAAGCAAGCAAGCUGGGCGUGUAAGUGUGAGCGAAGUCGUACAGUGUUUUUAUGUUUAUUUCAGACUCCUGAGGUGGAGUUUAACUCGUCAAAGAUGCAUGGUUUCAGUGAUGCGAUGAAUGUGCCAACUGGGCAGCAAAUGUUCCUUUGUACCAAAUAGUACUUUGUAGUGAGUGUGGACCUUCGACGCUUCCCUUCUUGUACAAAUUCUGAUCUGUCUUCUAUUUUUAUUAGUUCAAACUCCUCAGAUUAAGUUAAAAAAAAAAUAAGUUGUAAAUAUGUAAAAUACUGUCUUUGUCUACUCGUAGCACUUUGCAUACAGUGUGUGAUCUGAAGAUUAUAUAUUAGCCAAAUUCAAACUGAUACUUUUGCUUUUAAAUGACCAGUGUGUUGGUAAAAUAUUGCUUGGACCUGAUUGUUAACUCUCCUGCAAUAAAAAAAGAAAUUGAAGAAGUGAA